AUAAGAAACAGAAAGGAUAGGGGAGAAGAACAAAGCUAAAAUUUGUAAGGUGCUCUGUCCAUGGAAAUUCUUGCAAGCUCUUGUCUAUCUCCUUAUUUAACCGUCUCUUGCAUCGACAGAAAACCUAAAUUCAUUUUGAAGCUUACGCUGUUUCAGGUGCGACCUAGGAAAUCACAACUUGUGAAGCUUGCGGAAGCACAAACUUGGAAUCCUACAUUUUGUAUAAGGACAAAUGAUAGUUACAGAUCUAGAAACUGUGAUGGAGAUUUUUCACCUGGGUUCCUCAGUAGUUCCAUUUGUUGGCUGAAUAAACGCUUUUCUUCUCAGUCUCUAUUUUCUAAAAGUUAUUUGAAUCUUCUAAAAUCCAGGAAAUGUACUGGUGGUCCUCAGAAAGUAAUAAAUUGCUCAGAAAAAAUCAGACGACAUGUCUCUGUUCUUUUCAUCCAGUUAGUUGCUACAGUGUUGCUUGUUACAUCAGUUUCUAUUGCUGUUAACAAUGAUCCCUCCUGGGCUCUUAGUGAGGAGAAUCUACUCUUCUUAGAGGCAUGGAGAACAAUUGAUCGUGCUUACGUUGACAAAACUUUCAACGGCCAAAGCUGGUUUCGCUACAGAGAAAAUGCAUUAAGAAAUGAACCAAUGAAUACACGACAAGAGACAUAUAUGGCUAUCAGGAAGAUGCUUGCCACACUGGAUGAUCCUUUCACCAGGUUUCUAGAGCCUGACAAAUUUAAGAAUUUGCGGUCUGGAACUCAAGGGUCUCUUACCGGUGUUGGGCUGUCAAUAGGCUACCCUGCUGGAUCUGAUGGAUCACCUGCUGGCCUUGUUGUUAUUUCAGCUGCCCCAGGAGGUCCUGCAAAUAGAGCUGGUAUAUUGUCUGGGGAUAUUCUCCUAUCAAUAGAUAAUGUGAGCACAGAUAACAUGGGCAUAUAUGAUGCAGCAGAACGUUUGCAGGGACCUGAAGGAAGCUCAGUGGAGCUAACCAUCCGCAGUGGAUCUGAAAUAAAGAACUUAGCUUUGACGAGAGAGAAAGUUUCACUCAAUCCCGUGACAUCAAGACUGUGUGAAGUUCCUGGUUCUGGAAAAGACACCCCCAGGAUUGGUUAUAUUAAAUUAACAUCAUUCAAUCAGCGUGCUUCUGGUGCUGUCAAGGAAGCAAUUGGUACCUUACGAAGUAAUAAUGUGAAUGCCUUUGUUUUGGACCUUCGAGAUAAUAGUGGUGGUCUUUUUCCGGAAGGAAUUGAGAUAGCAAAGAUAUGGCUAGACAAAGGUGUAAUUGUGUAUAUUUGUGAUAGUCGUGGUGUUCGAGACAUUUAUGACACAGAUGGAAGCAGUGCAUUAGCAGCUUCAGAACCUCUGACAGUGCUGGUGAACAAAGGUACUGCAAGUGCAAGUGAGAUAUUAGCUGGUGCAUUAAAAGACAACAAACGUGCUGUGUUGUUUGGAGAACCAACAUUUGGGAAAGGCAAGAUUCAGUCAGUUUUUGAACUGUCUGAUGGCUCUGGCUUAGUUGUCACAGUUGCUCGAUAUGAAACACCUGCUCACACCGACAUUGACAAGGUUGGCGUUAUUCCUGAUCAUCCCCUACCAAAUUCAUUUCCCAAGGAUGAGGAUGCUUUCUGUGGCUGCCUUGAGGACCCUGUAUCUGCUUGCUAUCUCAACCGAGGACUACUCUUUGCAAAAUAGAAAUUUUCAUCUGAACUUUUUUUUAGAUAGGAAUUCUUUGGUAUUUCCAUUAAUUGUUGUCAAGUGUAAAUUUAAUGCAAUCAGAAUUUACAGAAAAAAAAAAACAGUUUUGAUGAUCAAGAGAAGAAAGAGUUUGUAUGCUGAAGUAUUGACAUUGGUAUAACCAAAAAGUAAUUCGAUUUCAUGGGAAGGUAUUUUUCUAUGAAAGCUAAAGGAGAA